UGCAUUUGUUUUAAACUUUAUUUCUGUGAUUUUUUAUUUUAUUUAUCUAUAAGUUCAUCACAUUACUGGAGCUGCAAUUGCGUACAAUUUGGGCGUCCUUCUAACUUGCAAGCAAGUUGAAUUCCGUUUGGAAUCCUGUUAUGACCGUCGUUGCCAUGGCGAUCGAAUGCAGCAAAGGACGCAUAAACAACACACAAAGUAAUGUUUACUCCAAUAAAUGACUGCUUCUAACGAAUUAAAUUUCUAAAUAAGAGUCUCGAGUUGUAGAAUCAGUUUAGAGUCAAAGAAUCGCAUUGAAGAUGAACGACGCUCAGGAUUUUCUCGAUCCAGAUGACAUCACCAAUUCACAGUUCCGAGAGCAGAUAAAAAACUGGAUUGAGGAGCAGGGCAUUCACGCGAAUCUGCAGCUACAAAUGAAGAAGGAUUUAAUCGAUCAAAUUAGCAGAACCGCGUUGGGUCGCAAGAUCAGCUUGAAAUUGCAAACGCACCAAGGAAUUGUCUUAUCACCGAUGGUUCUUGUCCUGAAUACCUUAGUCGCGGAGUUUCUGUACACCCAAAACUGCCACUUCUCACUUUCUGUGUUCAGCAACGAAGUACCGUUCAAGAACACGCUUCCUGAUUUUGGAAGAUCCAAAAACUUUCGAUUGAAUCGAAUGGAACUGAAGGAAAUCUUCGAAGCAUUGGGGGUAGAACACUUCGCGAGUUUGGUGGAGAAGUACGAAGCCAAAGCAACCAAGACUGGUGGCAAAUCGCUCCUCUACAUCAUCGUAAAGUCAGCGUUGGCAUCGGUUAAGGCUUAUGAAGACAAAUUCAGACGAUUGAAGAAAGAAGAGGCAGAUCGUGAAGCGGCCAAAACUAUGGUUGAUGAAUUGGGAAUGGAUAAACUGCACCGAAAUGUGGAGAAGUUGCUGCAAAGAAUGAAGCUUGUGGGGAAGAGUAUCGAGCGGGUUGAAGAGCUUCAUCGGGAAGGUAGCCGAGAUGAUGAGCAAUCCACAUCACUGAAAUUGUGCACGGAGAACGUGACGAGAAUGGUCAGCCGACUGGAAUUGUAUUCUAAGACGCUCGAGGAACUGAUAGUUAAACUACAAAUUCACUCGGAUAAGGCGGAAUCGAUGAGCGAAAUUAAAAAGGUGGAAGAGCCCGCUAAGCAAGAAGAAUUGAAAGAGAAGAAAAGUUAUACCGAUUUUUUGAAUGAACUCAAAUCAACCGAACAUGGGCAAAAGUAUGUGGCGAAGCUACAGAAACAGGUUCAUAAAAUGCUGGACAAGGAGAAAGCGCAGUUGGAAGCAACCUAUGAAAAGAAAAUGCACGAAGCAGAGCUGGAGUACAGAUCAAAACUGGAAAGGGUGCUUUCCGAGCGGAUAAGAGAGAUGUCGUUACCGAGAGAGAUACGGACUUCACCGGAAGUAAUACAGCGUGCGAGCGAAAGCGAAGAAAGUAUUCACUUCAUGAGGAAGAUUGACGAGAAGUUAAAUCUGUUGUAUCAGCAUGAAAGAAACGUCGAUGAGAAGUUGGUUACAUUGAAAAAUGAUCUUCAGAAACAUGAACUGCGACAAAGUAAGUACUUUCAAUCAUUGAAAGCUGCCGAGACCAAAGAGAAAAAGCUACUUGUGUUGCAGGAUGUCGAACGACAGCUAUUGGCCACGUUUGAAGACGAAACGCAAGCAAUUAUUAGGAACGCAAAAGCAACGAUCGAACAUUUGGAAAGCGAAAGCGAUAAAAUCAAUCGAUCGUUCCAAAAGUACUUACAAAAGCAAAGAGAAGACAAACGGCGAUUAAAUGAUGAAAAGGUUCAAAUCUGGCAAACAUACAACGAUGAAAAGUUGGAAUUGAAUCAACGGGAGUUGCUGGAACCGAACAGACAUGUAUCUGAGGAUAUUGUCAUUAAAAAUACUUAUGAACCUCAUAAUAAAGAAUUCCCAGAAUUUGGAAACUUUGAAAAUCCAUUUAAAAACUUUGACCCACACAAGUACCUGCGACGACCGAAAAUUUCCAAUAUAGUCCUGGAUAACAUGAAGCAUCAACACGAUGUCGUGGAUGUGGCUGUAAACACCACAAUUGAGGCUAGCGACAAUUUCAGUUUGAAGCCUCCAUCAGGCGAACCGAAAAAAUGUGCCAGUCCUAAUUUGGACCUUCUAGAAAGCGCUCGCUUGGACCAUAAACUGCCAAAGACGCCUCCCCCGGUAGCAAUCCCCAAAACAAAUUCAACGGAGUUACUCGUGCCACUCAAUCCUUACAUAAGUCUACCACAAACACUACAAAGCGACUCAAAACUCAGCGACCUCCUAGCCAAAGAUACUCUUAACCUUAAGCGGAGCAUCGAAGAGAACCUGCAGAAGCUAGAUCAGAUGAGUAAAACCUACACCAAGUCUACAUCAUCGAGUGAACAAGAUAAACAACGCAACGGCACGUACAAUAUAAAACCGACGCUCGAGCAGCAACCAGACCGGAUCGAGACCCAAAAGAGUUUGGACGAUUUAUCCAGCGAGGCUGAACUGGGCCUGUCGGAACCAGUGGAUUUGGAUAGCACCAAAGAGCUGCUGGAGUACACGAGAAAACAUUUCCCCCGUGGGGAAUCGAGGAAAGACGUAGCAAAUUUAGAAAGUCUGGGCUCGCUAAGCGAUUUGGACAUCAGUGAGGAUAGUAAAUCGAAUGCUGAGCAUGUUAGUAUACGGGAUGAUGAUGACAGUACCAAAAACAUCCUUGAAAACAUUUCCACGGGAAAGCGAUCUUUGUCCGACAAUAGUUGGAACUGAGCAUGUAAUUCUAAGGCUAUCGGAUAUAAUAAAACCUAACAUUAAUAAGAACUAA